GAACUUGGUUUGCGAGUAAAAAUAUUCACCAAAAAAAGAUUAAAAGACCGUAUUCGGCAAAUGUAUCAAAAAAAAAUACCUUACUAUUUGGUAAUUGGCAAUGAGGAAAUGGAGGCAAUUAAAAAAGACAAAAACGAGCCCGAACAGAAAACGGAAUUAAAAUUAAUGUCUACUUACGAGAAAGGAAAAAUAGAAAAAUUAACCCCAAAAGAAUUGUUUGACAAAUUAAAACGCCAACUACAAUUCACUAAAUACGAAGCAAACUAG